GCAUAUGUCAAAGUGAAGUUUAACAAAGGCAAUGAGACGCUUGACAUGAAGACGUAUGCCAGUAACAACACAAAGACUCCUGUUGAUCUUCAUGAGACCUUCACUAUCUAUUCAAGUGUGAGCGACCAUGGCAAGAAUUACUCCUGUGAGGUGGAGCUGAACUUUACUGAAAUAACACUGAGCAACCAUUCAGAGCCUGCUGUCAUAUCGGUUGUUGAUAUAAAGAAACCCAAUUUAUCCCUGGCUAGCAGCACUGAGGAUAUUGAAAUUGGGACGUCUUCACUGGUGGUCUGCUCCGCUCAAGGUUCCUUCCCACUGAAAGACGUGGAGAUGCAGGUGUUUUUUAAUGGAAAGGAAGUGAAUUCGACAGUUGAAGCGGGCUUGCUGAAUGCCAUCUACACACAAAAGUCUGCUGCACCGGUGAACAUAUCCUGCACUGUUUCAGUGCAAAACUUCAGUGAAACCAGCAACCUGAUUGUGAGGGGAUACAGGCUGCCACCUCCCACUAUUGACAUUCCAGAUCACAUUCCUGAGAAUGAUAUGGUAAAUAUCACAUGCCAUGUGGACAACCAGGAGCCAGUCAAUACCACCCAAAUACUGAUAAUCCUUGGCAACCAUGAAAAUUUGGCAAGCACUGUUGGCAGGGUGGUGGUUCACAGCUAUAUGGGACAGAGGAAACAUAAUGGAAUGACAGUUACAUGUAAGGCUACACUUCAACUACCAACCAGACUGGUCACGAGGAACAGCAGCGCCACCCUCAAUGUCCAAUAUCAACCAGUUUUUCUCAAAGAAUUACCAAAAAAAGAAAACUUCAAAAGCGGCGAGAGUCUGGCCAGCAAAAUGACCUGUGAAGCUGAUGGGAACCCCAAACCUGUAAUUGAGUGGUUAAAAGAGAACAGAAGUAUUGAACCUGACAAGAGCCUGGGUCCGGAAGAUGAAGGAACAUACGUGUGCCUAGCAAAGAAUGCGCUGGGCACGGCCACACUAAACGUCACAGUCACUGUCCAAAGUCCCAACGUUUUACUCUAUAUAUAUAUCAUACUUGCAAUUACAGUUGUUUUGAUCAUGAUUUUUAUUUUAUAUUGUAUAUAUCGCAAGAAAACCAAAACUGGUGAGUAUGACGUCAAGGACAUAAAGAACCCAUCCCGUAAUGGCCAUGUGGCCCACAAUGACAAUAAAGAGAAGCAUCCCUUACAGCCCGUAAAUGUCUAGGAUUUACCUGGAGACUAUUGCCCAUUUUAGGUGUCUUUCCUGGACAGCGCCUGGAGCUGAACAUUAAAUGAGGAGCGUGAAGGAGGAGUUGUGGCCGCACGACGGACGAACCGGACGUUUGUAGCACACAGAUUAUUGUGGGGCCACAGCACCAAGCAGAUGCCCUCAGUGAAUCAAAUAAGCCACAUCUGAUGGACUUCGUUACCACGGGAUCUGUGUCAUCAGUACAUUGGAGGGCUGAAUUUGUAUAUUUUCUUUUUACAUUUUACACUAAUUAGCAUUUAGAUGCUUUCCUUUGUACAGUAAAAUUCAUUUUUUGUUAUACUAUGCAGUGUUAAAGAGGUUUCUUUUCCCGAAAAAAAAAAGAAAUCCUCUCCAGAAACAGGGUUCAAGUCGCUCAGCAAAUCAGUACAUCUGGGAAAUGCCAGUUGGCCGUCAAGAGGGGCUCAUGUGAGGGGAUCUGCAUUGACUGGUUCUUUAUGCUACCUACCGGUCUGUUCCCAGUGCCCAAAAAUGUUCACAUGGAAUCUGAAAGGAUUACACAGAAGAGCGCCCCCUGCAGGGUGGAUGUGUUAGCUGAGAUGGCAUUGCAGGAGAAGAGUUGCCCGCAGCUACUACUGUUCUUUUUGGAGGCCAUUCGAGUGUUCAUUACUAAAAUGCCUUUGAAGAUUAUAUGGACUGUUUAAAAGUGUGUGGGUUUUUAUUUUUUACUUAAUUUAUUUUUUAAUAGAAUUGCACUUGAUUUGAAUCUACUACGUUUUGUAUUUACUCUAUGUUCAGAAUUAAAAGAUGUCUUAUAACUGACCUUAA